CUCUCGUGAUUGGUCAACCAUGGCCAACCGAACUAAGCUCGAGAGUAACAUUGAAAAACAAUUAUUGACUUUAAAAACAAAGUUUUCGACGUAGACAUAAAUUUAAAAUGUAAAAAUAAUUUCAGAUAAUAAGCAAGUCCGCGUACGACAUUUGAAAACGUAAUUUUCAGCAGCAUACAAAUAUAAGCGAGAUUUAAAGGUUAUUUAUUUGUUGGCAUGUCGCCGACGCGAAGUAAUUGAAUUUAAUAGAAAAAUAAAAUUUGGUCCCAGAGCACGCAAAUUUUGAAUUAUUGAAGUUGAAAUAAUCAAAAAAUGGCAGAUGAUGAUAACGUUUUGUUUGUGAGAAAAAACUCUAAACAGAGAUCUACUACAACUAACGCUACCGAUGAUGACUGGGAUGACACUGCUCUCAUCAAGGCCUAUGACAAAGCGGUAAAUUUAGCCAAAGAUGAAGUAGCAAGACGCAUGGGUGUCGAAGCGCAAUCCACUUCGCAUGGCAAACAGAACAAAGCACAUAAUCACAAACCAAAUCGACACACAGCCAAGCCUUAUAAGAAAUGGGUCGUCGGCUCUCCUUGUCGAGCUGUAUGGUCUGAGGAUGGAGAAGUUUACGAAGCAGUGAUACAGAAAAUUUAUGAAAGUAGCGCCACUUGCAUCAUCAAAUUUAUAGGUUAUGAAAAUUCAGCCAAGGUCGAUAUCAGUUCACUUACUGAAUCUCUAGGGCUCAAUAGUCAAAUAGCUCAAACUAAAGAGGCAAAUGCAGAAAAAAUUAGCCUCCACACCACAGACUUUGAAGAUUCUGAUUCUGUAAAUAUUCCUGAAACGAUAAACAUGGUUAACGAGGAUAAGAUGGAGUGGGACACCGAUGACCAAAAGUUACCGAAGAAGAAUUUUACCACUGGAACAUCUCUUGGCUGGCCAUCUGGUAUUGUACCUCCUGCCCCCCCUUUACCGCCACAAUUAAUGACCAGGCUACCUGAGAGCGAUGGCGAUGCACUUUCCAGCAUGUUGAUGUCUUGGUAUAUCAGUGGAUUUCAUACUGGAUAUUAUCACGGUAUAAAACAAGCCAAGGAGAAUCAAGAGAGACGGAAAAAGUGAUACAAUUCAUAACUUCUCAUUAUUAAAUUGAACUGAUUGAUUUUUGUAAAAAAAAAUUAUCUAUUUAUACGAAAUUCAUAAUAAAAGUAAGUCAAAUUUUCAAGA